AUGGUCUUGGAUCCAGAUGGCAGAGAGGUGGAAUGCAAGAAGGAAGAGGCGGAGUGCAAGAAGUUUGGGAACACCAGAAUUGCUGGAGAGGCUGGAUCAUAUGAGAGCGAAGGGCGUUCCCCAACUCACAUUACGGUGCUUUGUCGAGGCCGAGUCUUUGUCUUUGAUGUAAUGCAUGAAGGAUGUUUGAUGACCCCACCAGAGAUUCACAGGCAAUUGACAUAUAUUCACAAGAAGUGCCAUAGUGAACCCGAUGGACCUGGGAUACCAGCAUUAACCAGUGAGGAGCGAACCCGAUGGGCUAAGGCACGAGAAUAUUUGAUUAGUCUUGAUCCGGAGAACUUGACUAGGUUAGAAAAAAUUCAAAGCAGUUUACUGGUGUAUUCCCUAGAGGAUAGCAGUCCACAUGUAACGCCAGAAGAUUAUUCUCAGGUAACUGCAAUGAUUCUUGCAGGAGAUCCAACAUUACGCUGGGGAGACAAAUCUUAUAACUUGAUUUCCUUUUCCAAUGGAGUAUUUGGCUGUAAUUGUGAUCAUGCUCCUUUUGAUGCAAUGGUUCUAGUAAACGUCAGCCAUUAUGUUGAUGAGAAAAUUGUAGAGAAUGAAGGAAGAUGGAAGGGUUCAGAAAAAGUACGGGAUAUAUCACUUCCAGAGGAGCUCGUUUUCACUGUGGAUGAUAAAAUCCUAAACAACAUUAAACAGGCUGAAUCCCAAUAUCUCAAGCAGGCAUCUGAUCUGCAGAUUGUGGUGUAUGCCUUUACAUCUUUUGGCAAAAAACUAACCAAGAAGAAGAGGCUUCACCCUGAUGCAUUUAUUCAGCUUGCACUUCAGCUGGCCUAUUAUAGACUUCAUGGACGCCCUGGCAGCUGCUAUGAAACUGCCAUGACCAGAUACUUUUAUCAUGGCCGCACAGAGACUGUGAGGUCAUGUACAGUAGAAGCAGUCAGGUGGUGCCAGUCCAUGCAGGAUCCCUCUACUAGUCCUCUUGAGCGACAGCGAAAGAUGUUACAAGCUUUUGCAAAACAUGAUAAAAUGAUGAAAUAUUGUUUGGCUGGAAAAGGAUUUGACCGUCAUCUUUUAGGUCUUUUACUCAUAGCAAAAGAGGAAGAUCUUCCAGUUCCAGAACUCUUUACAGACCCACUUUUCUCUAAAAGUGGAGGAGGUGGAAACUUUGUUCUCUCAACAAGUCUGGUUGGGUAUUCAAGAGUCCUGGGAGUGGUGGUUCCCAUGGUACACAAUGGCUAUGGAUUUUUCUACCACAUCAGAGAUGACAGGUUUAAUGUGGCCAGUACAGCCUGGAAAUCCUGCCCAGAAACUGAUGCAGAAAAGCUGGUUCAGCUGGUUUUUCAUUCUUUCCAAGAUAUGAUGCAACUGAUGAACACUGCUCAUCUUUAGAGACUAGUCAUUUAUUAAGCAUUUACAAAAAUAUUACACUGGGUGUGGAGAGUGGGUUGUUGAUGUGAGAUAGAAAGGAAUAUUGAUUUAAGGAAACUUGUUAAAUGUAGAAAUAGGUAGAAUCACGUUUUUUAAAUCUCUUCUCACCUAGAAGAUAAAAAUAGGAUUUUUAAGCUUCCUCUGAUGCAGUAGCAAUGCAAAUUGGUACAAUGAGAUAUAGCAUCAUGCGAAAGUUGAAGAUGAGCCUCAACAAUGCAAGUCUUCAAUUUUUAAUAAUGCAAGUCUUACUCUUAACUUACAAAUAUUUUUGUUGGUACCUGUAUAGGUUAUAAAUCCUCUGACCAUCAUUGUAGAGUCUGUCUUCCAAGCACUUUAAGAGUUUCUAGUUGCCAAAGGAUAUAAAGUACAUGAUUAAAUGCUAACUCCCCAUGAAAUCAUUGCCUUCCACAUUCAGCACAGGGAUACAAGCCUGCUUUGUUUGAUGGGAAAGGCCACUACAAUUUACUGGUCAUUUAAAAGUAGAAUUUCUGUUGGAUAUAAGAAUUAGAGGGAGGUUUAUACCCUGUGAUGCGUAUAGACAAAAAACCUAUCAAAAUUCAUUAUAACUAGUUUGUGAAUAUAUAAAAUGAAAGCACGUAUUUAGAGUUGGCGACUUUAAAAAGAUUGAAUGUUGAAUCAGAUUCUCAGGAUUUUACAGGGUUUUUUUUCCCCUGCUGUUCAAAAUAGAAAAUAAAGCUGUCAAUCCUAUA